CAGAAAGAGAAGGAGUGUGUCGGUAAGAGAGAAAGAAAGGAAGAGAAUGGUUCUCUCUGGUUGCUUAAGAGAGUCUAUGUACCCUUGUCUUGCCGGCUCAGUUGAAACACUGCUACACAACACAUAACUCCACACAACUAUACAUACAUACACACAUAUAUAUAUAUACAUAUAUAUAUAUGUGUGUAUGUGUGUAUGUGUGUGUGUGUGUAUAUAUAUUCAUGUAUUUAUAGACGAAUAUACCAAACCGUCGAUAAAGAUAUUUCAAUAUGAAUUCUAUACAGACGUUUAUAAUGGACGGAUAUAUGUGGUCGGCAAACUGCUUUAACCUGGAAUCUCACCCCUAAACAUCUGGCGAGGCCCACCAAGGAACCAACCAGCCAACUAACCAGGCCAGCCAGCCUAUUAAAACAUACAUAGUUGGCCUGCCAGCCAGCAAGCCAGCCAGCCAGCCGACCGACCGUCCGACAGACCAACCAGCCUAGUUCCCCUCCCGCUUUGUAUAUCACUUUCUUUCUCUCUCUCUCUCUCUCUCUCUCUCUCUCUAUCUCUCUCGCUCUCUCUUUCUCCCUCUUUCAAUCGCUCUCGUUUCAUUUCAUAUACAAUGUUGAAAGCGACGACGGCAACACGGUCGUCGUCGUCGUCCAUAGCAAUGACUACAGCGAAUGUGGAAGCGGUUAUGAUGGCGAUGACGAUGACGACGAUGAUGACGAUGACGGCGAUAAAGAUGAACCUGACAACGACAGCAUCGCGACACCACCACCACCAACAACAACAACACGGAUGAUGAAGUCGAUGACCACAAAGACGACGACUAUGGCCACAAUGAUAAUUAUAAUGGUCAUCAUAUAACGCCAAAACACAUUCAUACACAUAUAUAUAAUUAAUAUAGUAUAUAUAUGUAUACACACACAUUAAAGAACAAACAUUUAAAAUAUCUGAAGAAACCAGGAUUUAACAGAAUUAAACAGAGAACGGAAUUAACAGAGAAAGGAAAAAUUAUACCCAGCCUCCUACUUUUUUCACGAAUGGAUUAAUAUAUAUUUUGAAGUAUAUAUAAUAUAUAUAUACAUUUUACGUGUGUGUAUAUAUAUAUAUAUAUAUAUGUAUAUAUAAUAUGUGUGUAUGUAUAUGCACAUAGAGAGAAAGGUAUACCGUUUAUCUAGUCCUUGUUACAUUAUGAAAAUACGCAAUCAUCACAUCAUCACCACCACCACCACCACCACCAUAUUACCAUAAAACAAGAACAACAAUCAUUUCUGUAUAAACUUUAUUCACUUUCAAAAUAUUUCAUUUUAAAAAUUUUAUUUUUAUUUUUUGUUUUACUCUCAAAAAAAAAAUCUUUUGGAUUAACACACAACAACAACCCACAUAAAAAAAAUAUUCAUAAUAACAACAAUAAUAUUAAUUUGCAACGAUGUUUUACCAAAUAGGAAAGAAUUUUGUGAUUGGUAUUGCGUAUGUCUGUAGUUUCUUGCUAUCUCUUCACUACAAUGGCGGAAUACUGUCUGCUGCUCAGUCGUUUAGUAGCCGUCGAGCAAAUAACCCUCAAGCGUUUCCUACUCACGACAGGUGUGAACCAAUAACGAUACCUUUAUGUAAAGGUAUCCAAUACAACAUGACCAUCUUACCUAACAUCCUGAACCACCAGAAACAGGACGAUGCCGGCCUGGAAGUUCACCAAUUUUUUCCGCUAGUCAAAGUAGAAUGCAGUCCUUAUCUGCGAUUUUUCCUCUGCUCCAUGUACGCGCCAGUAUGUACUAUGUUAGACCACGCCAUCCCACCUUGUCAACAGAUGUGUCAACAGGCCCGGGAAGGCUGCGAAAAACUUAUGAAUAGAUUCGGCUUUGAAUGGCCCGAAUCUCUAAGAUGUGAAAAAUUUCCGAGAUCGGGUUUAUGUGUGGGUGAGAACAUUACAGAUCCUACUCCGUCUCCAGCUACCAAAAUGAAAACCUUCCGUCCAACAGAUCACCUGAAAGUAGGAAACUAUUUAGACCGCGACUGUGGAGCUCCUUGCAAUGAUAUGUUCUUCACCCCUGACAAACGAGAUUUCGCCCGAAUGUGGAUUGGUAUAUGUUCGGCAAUUUGUAUGGCAUCAACUUUAUUUACAGUGCUCACUUUUCUCAUAGACAUGACCCGAUUCCGUUACCCAGAACGUCCCAUCAUAUUCUUAUCUGGAUGUUACUUCAUGGUGGCGCUGGCGUACGUCGUCGGUUUUGCCCUGCGAGACAGCGUGGCUUGCAACAAGCCAUUCGAUCCACCCAGCCUUAAUCUGGCGCCGGAGAAAAUGGUUUCUAUCAUCACACAAGGCACCAAGAAAGAAGGCUGCACCAUUCUCUUCAUGAUGCUCUAUUUUUUCAGCAUGGCCAGUUCGAUUUGGUGGGUUAUUCUCACACUCACCUGGUUUCUAGCUGCAGGUAUGAAAUGGGGCCACGAGGCGAUAGAGGCCAAUUCUCAGUACUUCCAUCUCGCAGCAUGGGCUGUACCGGCAAUAAAGACGAUAGCCAUCCUCGCCAUGGGUCAAGUAGAUGGAGACGUUCUUAGUGGAGUGUGUUUUACAGGGAUAUUCGACGUCGAUGCAUUACGAGGUUUCGUGUUAGCACCCCUCGUUGUAUAUUUGAUUAUCGGAACAACAUUCUUAUUGGCUGGCUUUGUUUCUCUGUUUCGAAUACGAACUAUUAUGAAAAGUGACGGCACUAAAACGGACAAACUCGAAAAAUUGAUGGUUCGAAUCGGCAUAUUUUCCGUUCUCUAUACUGUACCGGCCACAAUUGUUAUCGCCUGUCUUUUUUACGAACAAUCUUUCCGAGACCAAUGGAUGGUCUCAUGGCACUCACGCGUGUGCGUUACCUAUUUUUUCCCGUGCCCUCACACAGGCGAUCCGUCGCGUCCUUGGCCGGAUUUCACAGUGUUCAUGAUCAAAUAUUUAAUGACAAUUAUUGUGGGUAUCACAUCUGGAGUAUGGAUAUGGACUGGCAAAACUCUAAACUCAUGGAAAAGAUUUUAUUGCCGAUUCUUCGUUCCACGCAAUGAAUCUGCUGUUGUUUGAAAAGCAUGAUAAUAAAAAUAAAAAGGACCACAAAUAACACAUACAUCAAAAAUUAAACAUAAAGGAAAAGUAAACCGCUGGAGAUUAUUACCAAGUACAAUUAUUACUUUUCUACUGGAUCAUUACUAUUAUUAUUAUUACAAUUAUUCCUAUUGGUAAUUGAAAGCUAAUUAUAUAUAUGUAUAAAUAUAUAUAUAUAUGAUUGUGUUUUUUACAAAAUCGCAAAACUGCGUUUUGGAAACAAACAAAAAAAUAUUUGGAAUCACAAAAUAUAAAUAAAACAAAGCAAAUAAUAACCAUAAUAAUAAUAAUCAUCAACAAGUUAUCAACAAUCAAAGCAACGGAUAUAUAUGUAUAAAUAUGAUUGUUAAUAAUAACAAUAUAUAUAAUAAAACAUGCUUUAAAGUU